ACUGACAUUCAAACGUAGACCCUUCACUUCCUAAACCAUGUCUCCUGUCAACAUGUCCUACAACUGCAGCUCUGGAAACUUCUCUGGCUUCUUUGGGAAUAACCUGCGUUACCCAGCCUCUACCUUUGGUUCAUCCUGCCUUGGCAACCAGGCGUACAGCACAGACUUCCAGACUCCCAGCACCUGCCAGCUGAUCUCUCCUUUCUCCAGUAGCUGCCCUAAGAACUGCUGUGAGUCUUUCAGGUGUCAGACUUCAGGUGUGGUGUCCAGUCCCUGCCAGAUCUCCUGCUACCGCCCAAGGCCUUCCACACUCUGCAAUCCCUGUCAAACAACUUUCAGUGGGUCUCUAGGUAGGGGGACCAAUGGCUGUCAGUUUUCUGGUUGUGGUUUCACAUUGGGCUUAGGACCCAGUGGUUUACAAUCAGCAGGUUGUAGUUCCAAUUCUUUCUCCCCCCUAAACUGUAGACCUGACUUUUACAGGCCAACUUACUUCUCUUCUAGUAACUGCCAAUCUGUUUCUUACCAGCCAGCCUGUGGAUCUUCUUUCUAAUAAUCCUUUCUGAAGAAAACAACCAACUAUAGAUAGAGUGAUAUAGUCUACUAUUCUCCUGUUCAAUCACUAGCUUCAAAAGCUGGCUUCUAUAGCUACCUACUAGUGGAUUAGGAAUAAUUUCAUUCCAUUCAUAUAUUUAUUCAGAAAUAUUCAUAAAUUUAUUUAUUAAAGAUUUCAAGACAGUAUCCUAUGUACAGAAUGUAAUAUCAAGGCAUGUUUAUUUCAUAAUGUAGGUGCUUGUUAUUUCCUGUUGCUUGUUGUGUGUUUCAAAUUUUACAUAGUGGAAACUUAUGUAUUAAAAUUGUUACUUGACAACUACA